GGCAUGGAGGGGGACGACAACCUCCAGUCCAUGCUGGUGGGCACGGUGAUGAGGAAGAUCAAGUCCCGGACCUGGAAGAAGCAGCGAUACUUCAAGCUGCAGGACGACUUCACCACCAUCUGGUACAAGUCCAAGAAGGCCGGGAACGCCCAUUCCACCUUUUCUGUGAGCGACGUGGAGGCUGUCAGAGAAGGCCACCAGAGCGAGGUUCUCCUCAGCAUCGCCGACGAGUUCCCGGCCGAGCGCUGCUUCACGCUGGUGUUCCGGGGACGGAGGUCCAACCUGGACCUGGUGGCCGAGUCCGAGGACGAGGCCCGGUCCUGGAUCCACGGCAUGAGGAAGCUCAUGGAGAACCUGGAGAACAUGGGAGAGAGGGAGAGACUGGACCAGUGGAUCGGAGACUGGUUCAAGAAGGCCGACAAGAACAACGACGGCCGGAUGAACUUCAAGGAAGUUCAGGACCUGCUGAAGAUGAUGAACGUGGAGAUGAACGAGCACCACGCCCUGCGCCUCUUCACGAUGGCCGAUAAGUCCCAAUCCGGAACGCUGGAGGACGACGAGUUCGUGCUGUUCUACAAGAUGCUGACCCAGCGGGACGACGUGCUGCGGGUCUUCCAGGAGUUCUCCUCGGACGGACACAAGCUGUCUCUGGCCGACCUGGAGGACUUCCUGAGGGAGGAGCAGCUGGAGGCCGACGCAGACGAAGACGUCCGACAGAGAGCCGAGCAGUUCAUCCAGACAUACGAGCCUUCAGAGGCAGCCAAGCUGCUGGACUCCAUGACGUUAGACGGCUUCCUGAUGUACCUGGGCUCGGCCGAAGGCUCCAUCUUCAACCCCCGGAGGAGGAACGUCUUCCAGGACAUGAGCCAGCCGCUCUGCAACUACUUCAUCUCCUCCUCCCACAACACCUACCUGAUGGAGGACCAGCUGAGAGGGCAGAGCAGUGUGGAGGGCUACAUCAGGGCUUUGACCCGGGGCUGCCGCUGCGUGGAAGUGGACUGCUGGGACGGAGCCAACGGCGAGCCCAUCGUUUACCACGGACACACCUUCACCUCCAAGAUCCUCUUCAAGGACGUGGUCAGCGCCGUGGGAAACUACGCCUUCAAGGUGUCUGAGUUCCCGGUCAUCCUGUCCAUCGAGAACCACUGCAACGUGGAGCAGCAGCGCGUCAUGGCGCGCCACCUGGACCUCAUCCUGGGAGACAAGCUGCUGAAGAGCACGCUGGAAGGCAGCGCCCACAUCAGACUGCCGUCGCCCGAGGAGCUGAAGGGGAAGAUCCUGGUGAAGGCCAAGAAGAUCGGUGGUCUGGAGGACAGUCUGAACGGCGCCGUGGAGGACGCCCUGGGUGGGGAGGUGAGCGACGACGACGAGGGGGCCGACAUCGACGACGACAACCUGCACCGGGAGAGCGUCCGCCGCCGCGCCAAGAAGUCGAAGCAGCGUCUGUCCAAGGAGCUGUCGGACUGCGUGGUCUACUGCAAGAGCGUCCACUUCAGCAGCUUCAAGCACUCCCGCAUCCACUCCAAGUUCUACGAGGUGGCGUCCUUCACCGAGAACAAAGCUCGCAAACACCUGCGAGAGGCCGGAGCUGACUUCGUCCGUCACAACUCCAGGCAACUCACCAGAGUUUAUCCGACCGGCUUCCGGACGGACUCCUCCAACUUCAACCCUCAGGAGAUGUGGAACGCCGGCUGCCAAAUCGUUGCUCUGAACUUCCAGACGGCGGGCGAGGCCAUGGACCUGAAUGACGGCCUCUUCCGGCAGAACGCCUGCUGUGGCUACGUCCUGAAGCCCGGCUUCAUGACGAACCCCGAGCAGCGCUUUGACCCCGAGGCGCCUCGGCGGCAGGAUGGCCACCGGCCCGUCGUGCUCACUGUACAGGUACUCUGCUUCGCAUUGCCCAUCCGUAGAGAUGGGCUGGUUUCAACCCGACUGUCUGUGAUGAAGGUGAUCAGCGGACAGCAGCUGCCCAAAGUCAACAUCAAGGAGGACUCCAUCGUGGACCCGCAGGUUCGAGUGGAGAUUCACGGAGUCCCUCUGGACCAGGCCAAGCAGGAGACCAGAUACAUCGAGAACAACGGGUUCAACCCGGUGUGGUACGACACGCUGCGCUUCACCAUCCACACCCCCGAGCUGGCCAUGGUGCGCUUCGUGGUGGAGGACUACGACAAGACCUCCAAGAACGACUUUGUGGGCCAGUACACGCUUCCUCUGAGCUGCGUGCAGCAAGGUUAUCGUCACAUCCACCUGCUCUCCAAAGAUGGAACCAGUAUUCAUCCCUCUUCCUUGUUCGUUCACAUCAGGAUUACUGAGAUGGAGAAACUUCCAGAAAACCCCUAG